UGGUCAUAGUCCAUUUUCUCUGCAGCCUUGGAAUUCACGGAUUCAAGUAAUAGUACGGGGUGGGAAGGAGAAACGCACCACAAGGAACAGCCCAUCGCAUCGUAAUCACGCCAGAACGAAUGAAUAACAUACCAAAAGCUUAUAUAUUUUAGCUUAUCAUCAAUUCCCUUUUAAGAUCGAUUUAGAUCAACGGUUCUUGGUUUGGCUGUGAGCAAAGCAACAAUCUUUGGCAGUCGCACACAGCUCUCCACUUUAUAAGACAGAAGCUUUUUUUUUUCAAUAUGCCUGGAAUCAAAGGACCAUCAGAUUAUUCUCAGGACCCACCUCGGCAUCCUUCUCUCAAAAUCAAUUCCAAGCAACCUUUCAAUGCUGAGCCACCUCGUUCAGUCUUGGCUAACUCUUAUAUCACACCGAUGGAUUUCUUCUAUAAGAGGAAUCAUGGCCCCAUUCCAGUAGUUGAUGACAUAGAAAGAUAUUCUGUUUCCAUUUGUGGUCUGAUUGGGAACUCCAAAGAGCUUUUUAUGAGAGAUAUCUGGAAGCUUCCAAAAUACAAUGUCACAGCCACCUUACAGUGUGCUGGUAACAGAAGGACGGCCAUGAGCGAUGUCAAAAAAGUAAGAGGAGUUGGCUGGGAUGUUUCUGCUAUAGGAAAUGCUGUCUGGGGUGGUGCCAAGUUGGCUGACGUUCUUGAGCUUGUUGGGAUAUCCAAGUUAACAAGUAUGACAAAGUCAGGGGGAAAACAUGUUGAAUUUGUAAGCAUUGACAAGUGUAAGGAGGAGAAUGGAGGCCCUUACAAGGCAUCAAUUCCACUUAGUCAGGCCACAAACCCUGAGGCUGAUGUUUUACUGGCUUAUGAGAUGAAUGGAGAGCCUCUUAACAGGGAUCAUGGCUAUCCAUUGCGAGUGGUUGUCCCAGGUGUUAUAGGUGCACGUUCUGUCAAAUGGUUGGAUUCCAUAAACAUUAUUGCUGAAGAAUGCCAGGGCUUCUUUAUGCAAAAGGACUACAAAAUGUUUCCUCCAUCAGUGAAUUGGGAUAACAUUAAUUGGUCUACAAGGAGGCCACAAAUGGAUUUCCCUGUCCAGUGUGCAAUUUGUUCAUUAGAGGAUGUGACUACAGUAAAGCCUGGAAAGGUUAAAGUCAGUGGCUAUGCAGCAUCAGGAGGUGGUAGGGGAAUUGAAAGAGUAGACGUGUCUGUUGAUGGUGGCAAAACCUGGAUGGAAGCUUCCAGGCACCAGAAGACUGGUGUCCCUUACAUCUCAGAUGACAUGUACAAUGACAAAUGGGCAUGGGUAUUAUUUGAGGUCACACUUGAUGUGCCUCACAGCACAAAGAUUGUUGCAAAAGCAGUGGAUUCAGCAGCUAAUGUACAACCUGAAUCCGUGGAAGAUAUUUGGAAUUUGCGAGGGAUACUUAACACUUCGUGGCAUCGAGUUCAAGUCCGAGUUGGACACUCUAAUAUGUAACGCAUUGGUAGAUUUUGGUUUCCAUAUCUAGAUGGAACUAGAAUAACAUCCUUAAUGCCUUGGUGCUGCUGUGUUGCUGAAGAGCUUAAGCUUUCCAUUUUGCAUCUAUAUACCCAUGUUACCUCCUCUCAUCAGUGACACAACUGCAGGGCCUUUCAUUUCUCAUAAGCAAUGUUGUUUGGAAAAUAACAGUCUUGUAGAAAAGCUAAGUCUCUGUGUUGGACAUAGAUUAGUGUUGUAGGGGUCAGUUUUGAAUAAAAUAUCAAAAUGAACUUGCUGGAUUGGUCUGCCAA